UCAAUACUCAAGUUGGCCAUUAGGAGGAGGUGAAACCGGCGCGAGCUCCCCGAUUCACUGGCACAGCAACCUGACAAACAAAUAUCACUAACGCCCAUUAAGAGGCAAUAGGAGAUGAAUCGAGUCGUUAAAUUAGUUGCCUCUCCAUCCCACUGAGAGAAGAGACCUCCCUGCUACACCAGCAGACCUCUGUCGCACUUUGGGAUUUAUCCGCAUUUUCUCUCAUUCCCCCGGCUUUGUUCUGAAUUUAGAUACGUUAUCUCCCUUUGUAUCGUCGAAAUGGCAACGCGAAUUGACAAAGAGGCUUGCAGAGAAGCAUACAAUCUGGUGCGAGACGACAGCUCAGAUAUAUGCUGGGCAUCUUUUAAGUAUGAUGGAUCUACCAUUGUACCAGCUGGUCACGGGUCCGAGUACGAAGAAUUCAAGAGUCAGUGUACAGAUGACAACCGCCUCUUCGGUUUUGUAAGGAUCUUGACGGGCGACGCCAUGAGCAAGCGUGCCAAGUUCACCCUCAUCACCUGGAUUGGCGAAAACAUCAGCGGACUGCAAAGAGCCAAGAUUAGCACUGACAAGACAUUGGUAAAAGACAUCGUGCAGAACUUUGCCAAGGAGUUUAUGAUCAGUGAUCCCAGAGAACUGGAGGAAGAAUAUCUCCGCAACGAGCUGAAAAAGGCCGGCGGGGCCAACUACGAUGCCCAGGCUGAAUAGAACUUGGGGGCGGGUGUCCAUAGGGUUGGAGGAGAAGAAAGAGGAAAUGUCAUCUCAUACACACGCACACACAAACAUACACACACGCAUACAAACAAACAUAAAUAUACAUACCUCACCUCUCUUGCCAGUCUGGCCAUGGUUGAUUUAUCUAUCUACUGUACUGUGCAUCAUCUCAAAGUCAUCUCUAUUAGUGCUAUGAGGUUCUCUUUUUCUUCAGGGGCAUUUUUGUUUCUGAUGAUGCUCCUUUGGCUCGGAGUUGUCAUCACUGUGAUGCGCUUCCAUAAUCAAUGGAGAGCAUAUGAGUCCAGCAUUGUUUUCCAAGGGGUUUAUUAUGAGUCUUCAUCUCCCCGCUGAAUACAGACCACUGUGUUUACUGUCUCAAUCUCCCAUGGAGAGGAAGACAUCAUGGAAUGUGUGCUUUUGUGUUUGUGUGUGUUUGUAGACACUGCACUGUGACUGGCUAACUUGCAUGCAGGGGGUGGAGUCUUAAAAUUAUCUCGUAGCUCUGAUUUCUGGUUUCGCUCUCUCCACCCAACCUAGGAGCAGCCAUUUCUCUAGUGUAGCCUUCAUUUUGGUUUAAAUUAAAAUACCCAAGAAUAUAAUUUUUCUUUUUCUUUUUUAAAGAAAGUAGGUUCUAUUUGCUUUAAAAAUACAAUCUGUGGUUCUUUAAAAUAAAAAUGCCUCCGGAGCCAAGACAAAAAAUAAGAUGGUCACAAAAGCAAUCAUGUCGGAAUAAAAUUGUUGUUUUUUCAA